GUUUUAUGAGUUGGAUUAUUGAAGAGAAUGUUCUAUUUUGGAAUUUUCUAUUCUAUAAAAAGUUUUUAUUAAUGUUUAAUCUUCUAAUUGUUAUGCUAAUUUCUAUUCUGAUCUUGGUUCUCCUAUGAUCCUCAUGUUGUUGUACACACUUCUUUCCAAUUCUAAUUGAUUAAAAGAUAUUUCUUUCGCAUCAUAGCUCAGAUUAGAGUGUUAUACUAUUUGUAUAUAGUCUAUGUAAAUUACCUGGGUAGCAGAUGCUAUUGUAUAAACAAUUAGGUCAAUUGUGGUGUCAAUCAUGUGAUAGAGGCUGAAUUUGAACAUUCAUAUCAGUUAACUUCAUCUGUUAGAGAUGCAUCAGAAAAAAUUCUUGGUAUUUCAAGUUUAUUUAUGAUGCAGGGCGGCGCUUUGGCAGCAACGCAGCUUGUUUUUAACACCCUGAAAUUACUUCUUGUGCUCUGUCAUCAUUGAAACAUUUGAAUCCCAGAAUUGCAAAAGGCUGUUGUUGCACUUGCGGCUGUUAUCUGCUGUAGUCUCCAUUGAGCUAUGUGAUCAUCAUAUUGGUUUUGGUUUGUUGGCCUCAUACAUGGGUUUAGAAUUAAUAGUUACCUGACCUUUUUGAGUGCUCUCUUUUUUGUUACAUCUUUCCUUAUGCCUAUAGUGAGAUGGUAAUGUUGUCUUCUGGAAAAACUAGAUAGCAUCCCUGUCAUACAUGACAGAUCACUAGUUCUCUAUGGUCUUUCUGGGUAUUAGGUUACUUUUACUUUCUUUUUUCUUUUCCUGUUCUAUUAGGAGUUUUGAGCCUUGUUCUUCUGCUGUCAUUUUUUUUGUGGUUUUUUUGGGUUCUCAUUAUAGUGACAGUCAGCCUAACCCCAUUUGUUCAAUUAGGAGUUUUGGGUUCUCAUUAUAGCUUUUUCCCUGGUUUAAGUACUAAUUGAAGGAUAUUUGGAAGAUCUGAUUCAUCUUCUACAAGAGGCAGGUUACCAUGUGAGUGUCGUUUGAAGAACUAAGUAUUGCUGCAAAGGUCCAGUUUAAAGUUUUCAUAUUGGGAAAGUGUAUACAACAUCUCAAAGAUAAGAAUUCUUCCUUGUAGACUAGUUUGAGAUACUUCUGGAGGCAUUCCAAGUUGUCUGAGAAAUCUAUUCCAGAUUGGAACAGCAGAUAUUUGAUAAGCAGUGGGAAGUUGGUGUGUUGUGUAGUCAAUCACUAGGGUUGAUGACGAGGAAUUGCUAGAUGCACUUGAGGCUUAUGCAAGUUCGAUAUGUGAUGGCUCUGGCAACAAUGACCUGAAAAUUUCUGGAGAUGAAUGAAGAGUUGCUUUUCAAAGUCAUAGAGGGAGGUCAGGAAGAAUUUGUUCUUACUGAAAGUCUGAAACAGAUGCCUUCGAGAGGAAACUGUUCUGUCUGCAGAGUGCUUAUGAGGAUCUACCACAUGACAAUUGCAAAAAAGCUAAGGAUCUUUGAUGAAGGCAUUUGAAUAAGUUGGAGGAUGAGUAAUUCAUGAAAAGAAUCUGUUCUACUUAAUAGGAAAGGAGCUUUUGGAAGCAGAUCAGUAUAUGGAAUGUAUAUUAUUCAUAAUGCAGAUGGAGUGAAGAAAUUGAACUGAGAAUUCGAGUUCUGACUUCAUAACUGAAGAAGGGCAAAAACAAGAUCAAACAAUGGGUCCCUCGAAGGAGCCUUCUUCAGUGAGCUACAAAUCUCUAGUUAUGUUAAGCAUUGAUCAAAGAGUAAUUUGAGCUUCAUAAAUGGGUAGGUAUACUGUUAAGUAGAAAUAAAGAGUUGGGAAUUGGGGGAAUUGGAACAUAGUGACUGCAUUACAGUUACAAUGAUCCGGUUGUAGUACUGUAUCGGUCAAAAUUAAACUUCUAAAUCGCUAAAACUUUUUUUUUUUUUUUGCAUCUUUAUGAUACGGGUGGUAUUGAUUCAGUAAAUUCGAAAAAGUUUACGACUCGGCCAAUACGAGACAAUGUGACCUUGUUUUUGCUAUAUUGGCUGCAGAUGUGUCAAGUCUCAAGCAUGUCUUAGAAGGAUUCCUUGGAAAUUGGCUUGUCUUGAGAAGCAUGCUAAUUGGCAUAAGAAGAUUCACAACUAACUCCAAGGAGAAAGAGCUUCAGUGGAUCCAUUAGUAGUCGGAAGAGUGAUCGGAGAUGUGGUUGACUUGUUCGUGCCCAGUGUUAGCAUGUCUGUUUACUUUGAUGCUAAACAUGUUACCAAUGGCUGCACUAUUAAGCCUUCUCUUGCUGUUCUUCCUCCUCGCCUUUCCAUUGGUGGUCAUCCUGAUGUCUUCUAUACUUUGGUGAUGACAGAUCCUGAUGCUCCCAGCCCCAGCGAACCCUCCAUGCGAGAGUGGGUCCAUUGGAUUGUUGCUGAUAUUCCCGGUGGUUCAAGUCCGUCUUGUGGAAAAGAAGUGAUAUCAUAUGUUGGACCGAGGCCACCAGUGGGAAUACACAGAUACAUAUUGGUGCUGUUCGAGCAAAAGCAAGAAUUGGGAACAUCCGUAGAGCCACCAACAGCUCGAGCUCAUUUUAAUACUCGCUUCUUUGCUGCUAGACAUGGUCUUGGCCUCCCUGUCGCCAUCGUCUACUUCAAUGCUCAGAAAGAGCCGGCUAAUAAGAAACUAUAGGACCUUAUUUCAUACCAUCCGUAUCUCUUGCUCAUUUAUGCAUAUUUUGUAUCAAGUUAUAUGCAAACCAGUCUGUUGUGAUAAUUUCAAAAAAAAAAAAAAAGUUAAAGCUUUUUUCAUCUAUGUGAUUUGAAUAAUGUGAUACUUUUAUUGGAAGUGUGGUUUUUAACCUGUAAUAAUGUGUAGAAAGACAUUUAUCUCUUGAUAUGGAAGUGAGUAAAAGGUUACACAAAUGAGACGGUUUUAUAGUGAAAUUAUUUUUAUUUGAAUGAUAUAUAUACUUGCUAUUUUAAAGUAAUAACCUAUAACCUUAAAGUGAUUAUUUAUUAUUUUAAAGUGAUUACUUUUUAGUGUAUCUUUAAAGUGAUUUUUUUAUUAUUUUAAAGUGAUUACUUUUUAGUGUAUCUUUAAAGUGAUUAUUUAUAAUCUCUAUGUUAAUUAGAAAAAUAAAGUAAUUAUAUGAAUCUGUCUUAUAAUAAGUUAUUCUCAUACUAGACUUGCUAAAAAAUGGGAUGUCAUAGCCCAUGCCAAGUUGCCUUGACCCAUGAUAAGUCUUAUAAUCAAAUUUUAUCUUAAAAAGGCCCAUUUGAUGUACUGACAUUAACAUAACUUCACCCAACAAAUAGAAAAGGGUCCAAAUGAGAAAAGGGAUUAUUUUUUCAAAAAAAUAGAUAUUAAUAAUAAAUAUUUUUUUAUUC